UACCUGUGGAUUGCUUGGUUUUUAAUAUUUGAAGGUUAUGUGUUGUGUGCAUGUUUGCUGACAGGUAUGAUGGAAUAUAAGGACGACGUAAAUGAACAUGUAUAUCAAUUAAUUAGUGAUAUCAAACAAAGUAAAAUAUCUGGCUCUUACGACUUGACCAUCAAUACUGUUUCUCUGCUGAAGGAUAUUAUAACACAUUCAGAAUGGCAAACAGCUCAGGAGCUCAUGAAUGUUGUGAGGACGCAGGGAAUAAAGUUAGUUAAGUCCCUUCCCCUACACUCGUGCGUUGGCAACAUGGUGAGGAGGAUGUUGAAGAUAAUCCGUGAAGAGUUUCUCGCUGGGCAACAGAGCAGGCCGGAGGAGGUGGACCCCCAGGACUCCCUGCACAAGCUGGUCACCUCCGAGGGCGGCCGCGACGACUACAGCAAGCCGGUGGCCGAGCUGAAGCCCUCCGUCAUGGAGCACAUCGGGGAGUUCCAGAUGGAGCUGGAGACCAGCGCGGACAACAUUGCGCGGCAGGCUUUGGAGCACAUCCACGCCAACGAGAUUGUGAUGACGCUGGGCAAGUCCUCCGCAGUGGAGGCCUUCCUCAAGAAGGCGGCCUCGCGGCGGAAGUUUGAAGUUAUCGUGGCAGAGUGCGCCCCAUUCUGUAAGGGCCGCGAGCUGGCGGCCAGCCUGGAGAGGAGCAGGAUCGCCACGACGCUCGUGGCGGACACAGCCAUCUUCGCGCUGAUGUCGCGCGUCAACAAGGUGGUCAUCGGCACGCACACGGUGAUGGCGAACGGCGGCCUGAGAGCCGUGUGCGGCAGCCACACGGUGGCGCUCGCGGCGAAGCACUACUCCGUGCCGGUGAUCGUGCUGGCGCCCAUGUACAAGCUCAGCCCGCAGUACCUGCGCUCCUACGACCAAGACUUGUUCAACUGCUUCGUGUCCCCGGAGGGCGUGCUGGACCUCGCGGACGGCGGCAUCCUCUCCAAGGUCCACGUCUACAACCCGGUGUUCGACUACGUGCCCCCUGAGCUGAUCACCUUGUUCCUCUCGAACACAGGUGGCCAUGCUCCUUCGUACAUCUACAGGUUGCUGAGCGAAUUAUAUCAUCCAGAUGACUACGAUUUGUGAACUUGUCGUGUUCUAUGAAAGCACAAGAUUUUGUAUGCGUAUAGAAAAAAAUUGACUUAAAAAAAUGAAAUUGA